UUCUAACCAGAGCGGAUCUCUUCGAAUUAUAUAUUUUUUUAAGAAAUAACUAAUCGAAGUAUCUACAUAAGAGAAGUGAAGAGACAAUAAAUUUUGGAAACAAUACAAUACAUACAAAAGGAUCAUUUUUUAUAUUAAAAAUCGAGAAGAAAUACAUAAAAAAUGUUCAACCCUAAUUUAUACGAGAAACUUCAUUCACCAGUUGUUGUAACUACAAAAAAGAUUUUAUCUGAUCAUGGACGUCUGUUAAAUUGGCCAAAUAAAUCAAAGAAUCGUGUCGAAAGUAUGAAAAUUUUGGAUGCUGGUUGUGGUGAAGGAACAUCAACGGUUAAGAUUUUUCAAGAAUUUGUUAUGAAAAAUGUGGAGAAUUACAAAAUCCUCGGAGUUGAUUUUUCAGAACAAAUGAUUUUAAAAGCAAAAGAAAAAUAUAAUGACCAAAAAAAUUGUGAGUUUGAGUUGAUGGAUUUAUCGUUGGAGAAUUUCCCCGAAAAAUUUACUGAAAACUUCGAUUUAAUCUAUUCUAUGUACUGUUUACAUUGGGUUCAAACAACUUAUUGGGCUAAAAACUUUUACAAAAUGCUGAAACCAACUGGACAAAUAUUUUUAACUGCAAUGACUAAAAAUACGUUUGUGGAAAUAUUCUUAAUGAUAAAUCAACGCGAAAAAUUUAGGAAAUACCAAACAACGGUUUGGGAUAGUCCUUUUUUCACAAAUACUAACGUUGGAAAGUUAUUAAAAUCUAUCCUAAAAGAAGUUGGUUAUAAAAAUAUUGCUAUAAAUUACGAUGAGAUAAACGUAAAAUUUCCUAAUGAAGAACUUUUAAACGCUUUCAUUAAAAAUUUUCAAGCAUUUUAUGAUCAUUUUCCAACAAAUUUAAUAGAUGAUUAUGUAAAUGGGGUUGUUGACGGAUUUGUUAAGGAAUUAAAAAGUGAUUUGAGUUCUUCAUCUUCUGAAUUAAAUAUAAAAAUGCCUGUAAUAUUACUUUAUGCUGAAAAGUGAUUUUAAAAUACUUUUUAAUUUUGUUGUCAUGGUUGAUUGAGAAUAAAUAAAUAGAAAUGAGGAAAAAUAUUUAUUCAAUAAAUUUUAAAUCAUCAAUUUACAGCUUGGCAAAUCUAUCUUGGCCGAACGUUACGGCUUACA